UUGUGUGUAUAUAUUGAGAACAUACAUGGCGAAACAGCUAUGCCUAUCAUUUUACCAAAGUAGCAAAGCCUGUGCCAAAUCUCUCUCUCUCUCUCUCUCUCUCUCUCUCUCAGGAUCUGAAAUAACUCUGAUGGAGCAAAGUAAGGAGAAAAAUGCUCCUUGGUUAUCGGUGCCACAAUUUGGGGACUGGGAUAUGAAGGGACAAGUGCCAGACUACUCAAUGGAUUUCUCAAAAAUUCGGGAAAUGAGGAAGCAAAACAAGACAAAUAUUUCAAGGGCAAGUCUUGGUAAUGAAGAGGAACUGAUGACUUCUACCACUACCAAUAUAAACACUGAUCACAGUGAAACUGAACGCCAGCACCCCCACUACCACCAAACCAGUUCUCCAACUGUAAGAUUCCUGGCCAGAUUUAAUGUUCUUUAUUUUGUUUGCUUCUUACUUUUUAAGGCCCCUCAGGAACAGGAAUACUAUUAUAAUUUAUGCAAAAAAUAUUCACCAGUGAAUAUGGUGCAGUGGUUAGCAGUCAGCACAUGUUAUUCAUUAGAGCUCCCCCCUUUUUCUCGAGCAUUUUCGCAACGAUGGAGAAUUCAAAAUACAUGAGUUGACAGUAGACUCGAUCCACAUCAAAUUUCCAUUACUCUCUCGUUAAAAAUCAUUCUUACCAAUCUCUCUUUUUUCAUUUCCCCCCUCUCAAGUUUAAUUCAUUUGAAAUAGUGCACAUAAAUCUGUAGUUUUUGACAGUUCUAAGAACUGUACCAUAUAUUUUUAUAAUAACGAACAUAAUUUGAAGAGAUCAAGUAUAAUGUGGUGGAAACUUUUUUUCUUUUCUGUGAAGAGUGGAAAACAACAACAAAUACAACCCACCAGGAACCUCUUGGCAAGGAGGUUUUAGUAGCAUAAGAAAACAAAUCAAAACUAAGGUCGGGGCCUGCUGGUUAAUGACAAAUUCACGUAGUAGUCCAUCUUCUUAUUUUGGCCAAAGCAGGUAGUGGAAGCUUAUACUAAUGUUUUUUAACGCAUAAAAAAGGGAAAAAACGGAUAUAUUAAAUUAUACAUUGCAGGGAAUUAUACUGUGGGACCCAUGAUAAACUUCUUCCUUUUUUUAUGCUAUUGCUCGCACAAAUUUGAGCUGGGGGCGGUGGUUAGGACCAUGUAAAUAUUAAUAUUUAUAUGUAGAUAUAUGUACUAUUUGCCAAAGACAACACGCAAUUCUAGUUGCUGCACAUGCAAUGAAUGUUCGGGGCAGUUACAUUCAUUUCAUUGGUAAGAGGGCUAUAAAAUAUGGUGAUCGGUUAUAUUGAUUAAAAAAGAGAAAAACUUUAGUGGAACUUUGAUGUCAUAUUCAUUUUCUAGAUCCACAAAAUAUUGGUCUAGGAUAUUUGUGUUGCCUGAAGUAUUGCGAUUUUGUUUGAUUUUUUCCCCUGACAGACAAGGAGGAGCUUUCUGAGCUACUUCAACUGUUGUGUAAAGGCCUGAUACUCAAGGGAAUCUACAACCUUUUCUCGUCUGCCGUGUGCCGUGGACAGGGACAACUAUGCUUUUUUGCUUGGUGAUAAUUAAUUUGCACUUGUUUUUUAUUUAGGUAAACAAACCUUUCCU